AUGAAGGAGUCGAACUGUUACGAAAUAGUUGUCAAAACUGAGUCGGAGAACGUACAAAAAUAUAUUGCGGAAUGCCUUGAGAAAAUGAAAAUAGGAAAUGUCAAAAUCGUAGGGAGGCAUCAUGGAAUUGCCAAGGCGUUCACUCUGUUGGAGCUGUUAAAAAAGGAGGCCAAGGAUAUCAACCACAUUAUACGAUACAAAAACUUGAAAGCCACCGGAUCUGAUAGAAGAAGGAUCCUCGAAAUUAACAUAUUCCUUUCUCUGCGAAAUUAG